GCGCUGAUGGAGGGCGCGGCAACAGAGCAGCCCGUGACAUUCGCAGGGAUCUCAGCCAAGUCGCUGACAGUUCUGCUUGGCGGUGACCAUGAGGGAGUCAGAACAGACAAAGUCGCGUGGAAGAACAUCAACCGGUUCCUGGAGAUGUCGAUCGCUGAGCAGCGCGCGGUGCUGGAGGACGAGUUCCUCUGCGUCUUCGCGCUCGGCGACGCCUUGCCAGAUCUCGUUGCCCGCGCAGACGCCCGCGAAGAGUGGUUGCGCGUCUCCGACGAGGAAGGGGGCGCAGACUGGGGGAAGGCCGCGGAAGAAGACGAGGCGAAUCAAACCUGGUACAAGCCGAAGAAAAUGUGCAGGACGAGCGUCGUCCACCUCGAGGACGAGGGCAUGGCGGCGCGUCGCCCGACGCGUCGCGCGAAUUGCCAGCUGUCGCAGGAGAUCGGCAACAUCUACGAAGUGAAGUUCGGCUUUGUUCGCAGCAAGCCGGCCGAGCUGAUCAGGUUCGUGCGCAUCGACUGGAACACAGUUGACGUCGUUGUCACAGGUCCGGACAGCAACGAGGUCGAGGGAGUGGACCCGUCGGAUGGCAUGGCGGUGCAGCCUGAACUUCUACAAUGCCUGCGCGGUCCAUGCAUGGGGCCCAAGCUCGAUCCUGAUCUUUACCUCGCGCUGAAGAAGCGCGUUGCAUGCCAGGAGACCCCAGAGAAGCGCCAGACGGCCGGCGAGAUGCCCGUGCAGUUCGCGACCCAGUGCAGGGGCGGCGCGCAAUACGCCCUGCUGUGCAAGUCCUACGGCCUGAGGCAGACCGGGCAGGAGCCGAGAGGCGAGCGCCUGAUCUCCGCACCAGCAUCCGAGCAGACUGCAAUCGAGACGCAGCCGAAUCGUCUCGAAACCGGGACAAGGGACGCGCUGCUCUUGGGGAACUCCGCGUACUGGAUGAACUACAACGCUCAAAGGCGGAAGCCGACUGUGCCAAUCCGAGGCUGGGGGAAGCUGCUGAUGACGUUCUCGAACGUGACAGACCAGCCGCUGCCCGACAAGCACUGCUUCAUCAUUGCGAGCGGCGUGGCGCUCGAGGGCCCAGUGGCGACAUGGAGGUCACCGAGCCACGCCCCGUGGGACAUCGAGCUCCGCGAACGCGGGGGCCUGAACGGGGACCUGGACGCGGUCUCUGCUAAUGGGCAGCUCGUGGCAUUCGUGGCCUUCGCGCAGCCCGGCGCGGACCUCGUCGCACGCGCCACCUUGGAGCAGGAGGUCGAGGGCGGGAUCCCGAAGAUGGCUCAGGAGGCCUUCAACGCAGUCGCACCGCGAGAGCGCGUCCGGGAGUUCGUCUCUGUUGCCCAGGAGACGUUCACCGGCGACGUGCGCGGCAGGGUCGCGAACAUGGCCUCGCGCGCGGCGCGCGCCCUGUUCUGCUCGGGUGGCCCUCUGGCAGACGGAACUCUCUUGAAGGCGUCGCGACUCUGCGUUCUCUGCCGCGCUGCCAUGGGCGCCCCGAAGAAUAAGUCGCACGCGCAG